CCCGGAUGUUGCAGAAGAACUUACGAAAUUUUUUUGAAUGUUUCGUCUUUUUUCCUCCCUGUAUAAACAAUAUACAACUAUUGGACACAGAAUUAAUAUUUAUUUUAAUGGUUUGAAUAGAUCAGCAGGACAGAUAAGUUCGGGUAACAUAAAAAGUAUUCGUCGUUUCUUAUCUUCUGGUGUAAUGGAAUCUUUGAACUUUGACAACCUUGUUUUGAGGUCUCUACCCAUUGAUAAUGAGAAAGAAAACUUUGUACGACAAGUCAGUGGUGCAUGUUUUUCAAAAAUAUCACCUACACCAGUUGAGAAUCCUGUUACUGUUGCCUACAGCACCCCCGCCUUACAGUUACUGGACAUCCCAGAGACAGAUACACUGACAAAAGAGUUCGCAGAAUAUUUCAGUGGUAAUAAAAUUCUUCAAGGCUCAGAGACAGCUGCUCAUUGCUACUGUGGUCAUCAGUUUGGGUACUUUUCAGGACAGCUCGGAGAUGGUGCGGCAAUCUAUUUGGGUGAAAUUAUCAACAAGAAAAAAGAACGAUGGGAGAUACAACUGAAGGGGGCAGGACUUACACCAUAUUCUAGGACAGCAGAUGGAAGAAAAGUUCUGCGAUCAACAAUUAGAGAAUUCCUAUGCAGUGAGGCGAUGCACCAUCUUGGAAUCCCUACUACACGAGCUGGAUCUUGUGUCACUUCAGAUUCCAUGGUAGUCAGAGAUAUAUUUUAUGAUGGACACCCAAUCCAUGAGAAAUGUUCUAUAGUACUCAGGAUAGCACCAACAUUUUUGAGAUUUGGAUCAUUUGAGAUUUUUAAGCCUGUAGAUUCGCAGACUGGGAGAAAAGGCCCCAGUGUAGGAAGAAAUGACAUUCUCACACAAAUGCUUGAAUAUACAAUCAAAACAUUUUACACUGAGAUAUAUGAUGCACAUAAAGAUGACCUCAAAAAGAUGUACCAGGAGUUCUAUAGAGACAUUACACACAGAACAGCUAGACUGGUGGCUGAGUGGCAGUGUAUUGGCUGGUGUCAUGGGGUGUUGAAUACAGAUAACAUGAGUAUUGUUGGAGUGACCAUUGACUAUGGACCAUAUGGCUUCAUGGACAGAUAUGACCCAGGGUUCAUUUGUAACAAUUCAGAUGAUGGGGGAAGGUAUACAUAUGAAAAACAGCCAGAAAUCUGUAAGUGGAAUUUGAAGAAGUUAGGAGAAGCCAUACAGGGAGCUAUUCCUGUAAGUGAAACUGAACCCAUACUUGAGGACUUUGAUGCUGUAUUUGAACAACAUUACAUGGAGAAAAUGAGAAAGAAGUUUGGUUUGAACAAGGAACUUCCGAAUGACAAGGAUUUGGUUGACUCCUUCCUAGCUACAAUGCACAAAACUGGAGCAGAUUUCACCAACAGUUUUCGAUCUCUUAGCAAAUUGUCUCUUCCUGGGAGUGCAGACUUUGAUUAUAAGCUUGAGUUGCUGAAGAGGAGAUUAUUGGAACAAUGCUGUACACUAGAGCAAUUGAAGAAAACAUAUGCCCCAAGAAUGGACCCUAGGCAGUUGUCAAUGAUGGUCUCCAUGCUUCAAAUGAACCCAGACUUGCUCAAUAUGUUAGGGGGUAGUGCUAAAGCUGUUAUGGUAGAGAUAAAAAAUUUGGAGAAAUUGAAGGAAAUAAAGGACUUGACUGAUGCGGAGAAGAAGGGUAAUGAUGACAAAGAGUGGACAGAGUGGCUUGAGAAAUAUGUUGCCAGGUUGAAAGUUGAAGCUGAAGGGAUAGAGAGUAUAGAAGAAGUCAAUAGAGCCAGGGUAGAGAUGAUGGAUUCCUGUAAUCCAAAAUUUAUCUUAAGAAACUACAUAGCCCAGAAUGCUAUUGAGGCAGCAGAGCGGGGAGAUUUUACUGAGGUUAAACGUGUGUUAACCUUGCUGGAGAAUCCUUUCAGUGACAGCAUAGAUUUUAGUGAAGUGGAACCUCAGCCUUUAUCUCAGGAUCAAGAAGCUUCAUGUAGUGUGGCAUCUACAUGUGAGAGGCCUGCAAAGAGCUUCACCGGGAUAGCUUAUGAUAGUCCCCCACCAGACUCUUUACUGGACUUAAGGGUCACCUGAUCCUCAUAAACCUUCCUCUGAACAUGGGCCUAGUGUAACGUAUGACAUCUUAUGAGGACUUUUCAAUAUGAAUUUGCACUAUUGCAAUCAGUAUACUUGGGAAGGUUUUCCUUGUUUGAUACUAUCUAAACAGUACUUGAACUAUAUAUAGCUGUACAUUCUUACGUUGCAAAGUUUACACUAAGCGCACAAGCUGACUGGUUGCAGUCCAUAUACAGUAUUUUAUAUAUUUCAUACAUGGAUUUUAUUAAUAUAAUUAUGGAACAUAUGUAUGUAUAGCUAUAUACAGUAUAGUACAACAUUACAUAAAGUAUGCAAAGAGCUACAAUGUGAUAAAGAGACAUACCCAGGCCAAAAAGAGGGAGUUUAUAAUUUCAGAGAUUGAAAGUCUAGAUGUAACAUAUUUCAUGUUAUAUCUGUAUGACGACUUUUUUCAAAACCUUCUGGUGAAAUUAGUCUGACGGGACUGUAAGUCUUUCUGAAGGAUGUAGAAUCAUGUACAUUUGUAAUAGAAUUGAAAUUGACAUGAAUAUUAAUAAUACAUGCAAUAUAAUGUAUAACUGAGCUGAUAUAUUUCUUUUUACUGUUUAAAUUAAAAUCGCAU